AUGGUUGGGCUAACUGGUACCCUAAUCAAGGAAACGCCAAUUUUGAGCCAAGUUCAAGAUGCGUCUCGGUUUUUCCGUUACCACAGCUCCAUAUUGGAGAGUAGUCCUUUGGAAGUAUACAAAUCUGUUCUUCUUUUCACUCCCAAGUCUAGCCGAAUCAGAAGUUGUUUUCAAGAAGAGGUCCCAGACUGGGUGGAGAUGAAACCAGCCAUUGAAGAUUGGACUUCGUGUGUUCAAACACUCGAGGCGCAUGAGAUUGCCGGUUUCCAGCAUUUGGAAUGGGCACCCGAUGGAACACGACUCACGUCAUUUUCGAGAGAUGGCGCUAUCAAGAUUUGGGACCUGGCCGGCAAUCGCUGCGUAUCGUCCUUUCAGACGCAUGGACUAGUUGGCACAUCUGCGACCUGGUCCUCUGAUGGAGCAUAUAUUGCUUCAGCCUCAUCGGACCUCAAGAUUAAGAUCUGGGACCCAGAGACAGGGCAAUGUCUAUCGACUCUACUGGGACAUGAGUUUCCUAUCAAUGCUGUGUUUUGGUCGGAAGAUGCAGCACGACUUGUCUCAUUAUCUUGGUCUCAGAAGCAGGAGAACCCUUCACCUUUUACCAUUAAAGUUUGGGAUCGAAUGACUAGUCAAUGCGUCCUGACAAUUAACGGGGAUAACAACCCAAUUAGCUCUGCUUUCCCGUCAUACGAUAGGAAACGUAUCGUAUCUGUCGCACACGAUGGCAUCAUCAAAACUUGGGAAAUAUUCACUCACCAGAGGAUGUCAUCUCGAAAGGUCUAUCCUCAACCCCAACAUCUCAGCUUUUGGUCCCAUGAUGGAAUGAGCUUCAUUCAUUCAGAUUGGCUAUCAAAUACGAUCAAUAUCAUAGACACGUCCACUUGGAAGCCCAUUAAAAUUCUCAAAAGUGACGAUGACUAUCAGAUUAUGUCUUUUGCUCUUCCGCAUGACGGCAAACAGCUUGCCUUGGGGUCGGCUGAUGGCAUUGUCGAAAUUUGGGAUCUGACCACGGGAAAACGCGUUUCAACGCUCCAUAAUCAUCUCAAGAAUACUGCUCGUAUUGCCUGGCUCAGGGAUGGAAGACUCGUGUCUGGCUCAUAUGAUGCAAUCAUAAAGAUAUGGGAUCCAUCUACGAGCCAAUGCCUCUCAACCUUUCACGGACAAAGAGGUGAUAUUCGUUCUCUCCUCUUGUCACCUGACGAGACUCGACUUAUAUCCACCGCUGCAUUUGAUUCGACCAUUAAGGUAUGGGACUUGAGUUCGUCAAAGGCUAUUGAAGGGCAUAGCCAGGAAGUGACAUGUAUAGUUUGGUCUUACGAUGGAUCGUGCUUUGCUUCAUAUUCCAACAAAGAAGCAAAAGUUUGGGAUCCACUUAGAGGAGAGUGUCUCUCGACUCUUACAAAUCCCAAGGGCGACAUUUUGAAAAUAUGCUGGUCAUCUGGUGGAGAAAUGGCAUUGCUUUCCUCGGUCGGGACUGUCUUUAUUUUUAAUACUUCGACUGGCCAGGUUUCUUGGACUAUAGAGUCCAUUGAACCCAGCGCUGCUUUAGCCUGGUCAUCGGAUGGUUCACAGCUUAUGCUGGCUUCAUACGACAACUUGAUCAACACGUGGGACACAAAAGCCCGUAAGCACUUGUCGACGGUCAAAGCAGACAACAUUGGAAUUUCGGUGACAUGGUCUCGUGAUGCAACAAGGUUUGCCUCCGUGGCAGAGAACUGGAGCAUCAUGAUCCAAAAUCCAUAUACUGGCAAAUGCAUCUCACAGCUAGAAGGAUAUCAUUGCUCAGAAUUCGACCAAAUCCCUGUAUUCUUAAGAAGGCCAGUUUUCAUGUCCUGGUCAUACGAUGGAACGCGCCUUGCCUCUGCAAUGGGUCCGACUGUCAAGAUCUGGGAUCUUACAAUCAGCCAAUGUACCUUGGUACUCGAACUAGAUGAAGUUCCCGACCAGUUUCAGUUUAACUUCCCUCGUGGGCCUUCAUUUGGUGAAACAGAUCCUAGAUAUCUUCAUACUAGCAUUGGCUCCAUUGACAUUGCGCCGCAUGCAGACCCGACAACGGACAUCUCAGCACGCCUCAUUUGUUCGCCACGGCCGAAAGGAUUUGGCGUCAGUCAAUGCGGUUCCUGGAUUACUCAUAAUGGGGUUAAGCUUCUGGCAUUACCAUCUGACUACGGCCCAAGGGUACCCGAAGCUUUCGCGAUAUUAUCGAGCACUGUGGUGUUCGGCUCUGUGACGGGGCGAGUCUUGAUAUUGAAAUUCUCGAAACAAAUGUUUGAUGGACGGUAA